AUGACCUCAACCCCAAAUAAUUCUGAAAAAGUCGCGAUCGAAAUAAGACAAGAAAAGGCGCUUAUUAGAAAAGUAGACUAUCGACUGAUACCGUGGCUGUCUUUUCUUUACCUGUUAUCCUUUCUCGACCGAACGAGUAUCGGGAACGCUUCACUGUAUGGGCUGAAGAAGGAUCUGAAGAUCAGUGAUCAGCAGUAUUUGUGGGCGUUGACAAUUUUCUUCUUCUCGUACGCGACUUUUGAGGUGCCGAGCAACGUGUUGCUGAAAAGACUCAAGCCUCAUCUGUGGUUGAGCUUUCUGAUGAUCGCUUGGGGGAUCGUGAUGACGUGUCAAGGGCUCGUAAAGAAUUGGAAAGAUCUAAUGGCCGUCCGGUUUCUCCUCGGGAUGGCGGAAGCAGGCCUUUUCCCCGGUGUCAGCUACUACCUCAGUUGCUGGUACAAACGUUCCGAAUUCGGGCUUCGAGUCGCGAUAUUCUUUAGUGCUGCGACGGCAUCGGGAGCGUUCGGUGGAUUAUUGGCGGCUGCCAUUAGUCAAAUGCAUGGUGUUGGUGGUAAACCGGGAUGGGCGUGGAUCUUUAUUUUGGAAGGAUUGAUCACGGUCGUGGCGGGUAUGAUGUCAUACUGGCUUGUCGAGGACUUUCCUGAUGACGCUAAGUUCCUCACCGAUCGUGAGCGAGCCUUCAUUAUCGGCCGACUUCAGACGGAUGAUCAGUUCAGUGCCGGCGGUGAGGCCUUUAGCUUCAAAUAUGUCUGGAACAGUCUCACGGAUUGGAAAACUUGGUUGGGAAUGCUCUGCUAUGCCGGCUGGGUCGGUCCUCUCUAUGCCUUCGCGCUCUUCGCACCAAGUAUCAUCAACCAACUAGGCUACCGCGCUACACCUGCUAACCUCCUCUCGGUACCCAUCUACGUCUGGGCAGCUAUACUUACCGUAGGAGUCGGUUAUAUGGCUGAUAGGACUGGUCACCGAGGGUGGUAUAAUUUGGGAUUUUCCUCGUUGGGAGUUGUGGGAUAUGCGAUUUUGAUUGCGAGUCGACAUGCAGGGUUGAGUUACUUCGCUACUUAUUUAGCAGCGAGUGGGAUUUAUCCUGUGAUUCGUGAGGCAUGGAUGAGUAAUAACGUCGAAGGGUCCUAUAAACGCUCCGUCUCUUUGGGAAUCAUUAUCAGUUUUGGAAACAUCAACGGAGCUGUUAGCUCGAAUAUCUACCGUGCCAAGGACAAACCAUGGUAUCGCCUGGGUCACACCAUAGUCCUCGUCUACAUCAUCAUGGGGAUCAUCACCUCCCUCCUCUUCCACUUCUUUCUCGAUAGAGAGAAUGAGAAAAGAGAUCGAGGCGAAAGGGACGAGAGGAUAUUGGACAGAUAUGAGAGUGAGGAAGUGGCGAAGAGGGAACAUCAUGGGAUGGGAGGCACGUUUGUGAGUUUGGAUGAGGCGAGAAGGGAGAAAGGGGAUGAGUGGAGUGGGUAUCGGUACACAUUGUAAGAUUGGUGGGGUGUUGGCCUGAUCAUGAGGUGGUGACGGUGGUGAGGGUUUGACAUCUUCUGCUUCAAUUUGUUUUGCGUGGAAACUGUUUGCACAAACGGGCAUGGAAGUUUUAAAGUGUGAAGCUGUGUCGUCCGUUGGCUCAGACUCGUAUCACUAUCAGAGAUCUAGAAUGUAUUCCAAGUGACCUUGAAAACCAGGUAAUUUAAUGUGUUUGCUCAUG